CGAGCAGUAGGCGGCCCAUUAUUUCUGCACCACAACACAACAAAGUCUUCCGGCCGGCGGGCACCGUCGUCUAGCUCUCACACUCGCAGCGUGCCGCGGCCAAACGUCAGUCCCCUGUGCAGCAACAGCAGCAGCAGCAUGGCGCGGUCGGAGCAGCAGGGGCUGCAGGUGCUGAGCGCGCUGGACGCGGCCAAGACGCAGUGGUACCACUUCACGGCCAUCGUCGUCGCCGGCAUGGGCUUCUUCACCGACGCCUACGACCUCUUCUGCAUCUCCCUCGUCACCAAGCUCCUCGGCCGCAUCUACUACACCGACCUCUCCAAGCCCGACCCCGGCUCCCUGCCCCCCAGCGUCGCCGCCGCCGUCAACGGCGUCGCCUUCUGCGGCACCCUCGCCGGCCAGCUCUUCUUCGGCUGGCUCGGCGACAAGAUGGGCCGCAAGAGCGUCUACGGCAUGACCCUCCUCCUCAUGGUCAUCUGCUCCAUCGGCUCGGGCCUCUCCUUCGCGCACACACCCAAGAGCGUCAUGGCCACGCUCUGCUUCUUCCGCUUCUGGCUCGGCUUCGGCAUCGGCGGCGACUACCCGCUCUCGGCCACCAUCAUGUCCGAGUACGCCAACAAGAAGACCCGCGGCGCAUUCAUCGCCGCCGUCUUCGCCAUGCAGGGCUUCGGCAUCCUCGCCGGCGGCAUCGUCACCCUCAUCAUCUCAUCCGCCUUCCGCGCCGGGUUCCACGAGCCGGCCUACCAGGACGACCGCGUCGCGUCCACCGGCACGGAGGCCGACUUCGUGUGGCGCAUCAUCCUCAUGCUCGGCGCCCUGCCGGCCCUGCUCACCUACUACUGGCGGAUGAAGAUGCCCGAGACGGCGCGCUACACCGCCCUCGUCGCCAAGAACGCCAAGCUGGCAGCCGCCGACAUGUCCAAGGUGCUGCAGGUGGAGCUGGAGGACGAGACGGAGAAGAUGGACGAGAUGGUGAGCCGCGGGGCGAACGACUUCGGCCUCUUCUCGCCGCAGUUCGCGCGGCGCCACGGCCUCCACCUCGUCGGCACGGCCACCACGUGGUUCCUGCUGGACAUCGCCUUCUACAGCCAGAACCUGUUCCAGAAGGACAUCUUCACGAGCAUCAACUGGAUCCCCAAGGCGCGCACCAUGAGCGCGCUCGACGAGGUGUUCCGCAUCUCCCGCGCGCAGACGCUCAUCGCGCUCUGCGGCACAGUGCCGGGCUACUGGUUCACGGUCUUCCUCAUCGACGUCGUCGGCCGCUUCGCCAUCCAGCUCAUGGGAUUCUUCAUGAUGACCGUCUUCAUGCUCGGCCUCGCCGUGCCGUACCACCACUGGACAACGCCGGGCAACCAGAUCGGCUUCGUGGUCAUGUACGGCUUCACCUUCUUCUUCGCCAACUUCGGGCCCAACGCAACCACCUUCGUCGUGCCGGCGGAGAUCUUCCCGGCGAGGCUGCGGUCGACGUGCCACGGGAUAUCGGCGGCGGCGGGGAAGGCCGGGGCCAUGAUCGGGGCGUUCGGGUUCCUGUACGCGGCGCAGGACCCGCACAAGCCGGACGCCGGGUACAGGCCCGGGAUCGGGGUGCGCAACUCCCUCUUCGUGCUCGCCGGGGUCAACCUGCUGGGGUUCAUGUUCACCUUCCUGGUGCCGGAGGCCAACGGGAAGUCGCUGGAGGAGAUGUCCGGCGAGGCACAGGACAACGAGGAGGACCAGGCACGAACCGCCGCCGUACAGCCGUCCAUGGCCUAGGACAAGUCGUGCGUGCUAGCUAUUGCAGCUGCAGGCUGUUGAGUUGGUCGAAGAUCCUUAAUUUGGUUUUUGUGAUACAUAUAAAACGCUUAAACUACUACUAGUAUGAUAUGUUUGCGGGCCACCCAAUCAGGGCCGGCUCAUGUAUAUGCCCGUAAUAUAUAUACACAUCAAUCAAUCAAAUUGCAGCUCCA